CGCGUCUGGUGUUCCCGGAUUUGUCGUUUUCCAACGGGGCGCCGGAGUGUGCCGCUGACUCUCGCCAUGCGCGGGGUGAGCAUUCUGAGUGCAACCACUGGCGCUGAGCUCUUUGAGGUCAAGGUGGAAGAGGAGUGGCGCGUGGAGGAGCUGCGGAGCGUCGUGGCCAAGGAACUCAAGCUGAGCGUCAAGUGUGUGAUUCUUCUCUCAGAUGGUGUUGGAGUGCUGGAAGAUGAAACCUUCCUGCAGGAUCUCAACGCCUCCCAGUUUCAAGUGCUCCGGAAGACAUGGACGGUCACGGUGCAGGACCUGCGAGACGAGGUGUUCUACUCCAUUGGACCUGUUUCGAUCUUUCUCUGGAACCCCUGCAAUGAGGAAGGAGGCUGAGCCAAAGGUGCUGCACAUCGCCACCAACCCGGACGGCACGCUGCGCGAGCUCUUCGUGAAGGUCGCCGAGGACUUGCACCUCGCGGACGCGGAGAAGCCACGCUUGCGGCACGGAGACCACUGGCUUUGUGAAUGGCCCAACGAAACUGAGUGGGACAUGACCGUCUCAGAAGUCCUUGAGCCUGGAGAAGUCUUGACCCUGGAGGGCGUCCAGAACGCGGGUCGCGGUCAGCUUGCUGCACCUUUACCAGCUUCCUUGACCCGGCGCUCAGAGGUUCUGGAGUCCAACGCUGCCCUGAGCUUGAUCGAUGAGUGUCAGAAAGCAAGCUUGUUGCCGAACCACUCGCCCUACGGCUCCGGUUACUGGGCUGCCGAGGAGUAUCAACAAGCAGAUGGCCCCAUUCAAAGUUUGUGGCCGAAAGAAGAGGGGCUCCUGGUGCGACUGCCAGCGAUUCUAAGCACUGGGGAGUGCGAAAUCAUCGAAAAUGAGUCGAAGAGCUUGGCCUUCGGACCGCAGACGCUGGCGUGUUUCAAAGGCACGCGCCGCUACGAGCGCCUCGUGGUCCAGGAUGAGACGCUGGCGGAGCUGCUUUGGCGUCGUGCGAAGCCCUUGAUCUCUCAAGCGCUGGCGGAGCGCUUCGGAGCGCUGCGGCCCUUGGGAUUCGGCUGUGCGCAUGGGGAAUGGGAGUUGAGUGGCUUAAACCAUUGCUUCAGGGUGAACUCCUAUGGCUCGGAGGGUUUCCUGAAGCCGCACAAAGAUGCGCCUUUCAGCCCGAACAUGCACCAGCGAUCCCUUUGUACCCUCCUCAUUCCCAUCGUCACCUCUGGCUCCACCCGCUUCUACGCCAGCGCCAAGGGCGACGCCUGCGACUUUCGGGGCAUGACAUUGGCCGAGGAGAUCGCCGAGCGUGGCGGCUUGGGACACUUGAAGAGCACCGAGGUGACGUUGGAGGCUGGAAAGGCUCUCAUCUUCGAUCAAGGGAUCAUCCACGAGGGCUUACCCGACAUCCAAGGGAAGAUGAAGAUGGUCCUGCGCACCGACCUCAUGGUGACUCGCCGCGUGGCCACUCCUGCGUUGCCACGGCGACUCCGGCUGUCGGCGGAGGAGCGGCGGGAUCAGGCGAAGGCCCUCAGUUUUUUCCGAGAGGCUCAACAAUUGGAUUUGAAGGGCGAGCACAGCAACGACCUCUACGAGCGCGCCCUCUCGUACCGCUACUGGCACCCCUCGCCCGCCGACCUGGCCGAGCUGCGGACCGACCAGGACUGCACCGACCAGGAGACGACCAGCAUGCGGCCGUGGACGGCACAGGCCAAAGCAGCGCCACUCUCGCCCAAUGCCCUGUUGGAGAGGUCAGACUUCCAAGUGUUUGACUUGGCCUAUCUCAAGGGCCCCGUGGCCGCCUUUCGCCUUCGAUCACGAGGAGCCUCUGGUGGCUACACUGGCAGUCCUCCCGCGGGCGACAGCUCCAGUCCGCCGGGCGGGCGCACGGCCGGGCACCUGCGAGCGGCGGCGAUGUACGCGCUGAACAUGUUGGGCCAUCGAGCCUAUCAGAAAGAGGACGAGUCGAAGCUCUACACCGUGGACUUCGACCCGGCCACCCAAACGGUGAAAGCAGUGCCCUUGGAGACCCUUCUGGAGGACGCCUACUUCGCACGUGCCUGUCAUGGCGCCGUCUACAAGGUCGUCGCCCGCAAACCCGGCGCGGACGCGGGCAACGCGGACUGGGCAGCCGACGCGGACGAGGUAGCCGACGCGGCCAACGUGGCCGACGCGGUCACUGCAGUUGACGUGGUUGACGUGGUGGAACGGGACUUUCAGGCCGCAGUGGACCGCACCCACUUGGCACUCACUCAGCACUGCUGUCCUUGUGCCGGGGUGGACUUGCUCUCCGGUAUGAAAGAGGAAGCCUUCGUCGAUCCGCAUAAUGACCCCUAUGGCUACUGCCAUGGCUACCACGUGUCGGAGCACGGCGACCUGAUGGGCGAUGGCAUCGUGGGACGGUACGAAAGAAAGGACUUCGGCCUUGAAGUACGCGAAUCCUAUUGUGAAGGCGAACGCAACGGUGCGCCCGAGGGGUCCGCCGCGAUGGCGAGCGAUUGGUCGAGGUACUUGUCCAACCAGCUUUCGAAGAAGGCCGGACUUCCUGGACUUGAUGUGCUGGCGGUGGCCACGGGGGAAGAGAGAUACUUGUGCGAGGAGUAUUACGCCAGAUGCCACUGCGGCGGCUGCAGCGAUACUUACGAUCCACCCAAGAGGGGUGAGGGAUUAGUGGAGCCAACGACGCGCGUGCUGAAUCACCUGAUCUUUGACUUCAAGAAACAUGAACUGCUGAUUCAUCAGCAUGAGAAAGUCACCUCCUCCGCCACCGAGUUGUUCGAUCCUCUCUUCCUUUGGACUCAACUGCUUGGCCAUCAUCAGACGUUCAUCUCGAACCAGGCGGAAGAGGUGACCCGGACCGCUCCGCCUGCCACGAUCUCCUGGCGCCACCAGGGAGCGGACGUGACGCUGACGCGGACCUCGAAGAGCUCCGCGGCGCUCGCGCACGGCACGACCGUCUCCGACGUGGAACUUUCCAAGCUCUCCUGGGCUGAUGGUCGGUUGACAUGGCCUGGAGGGGAUCUGCUGGUUGAGAGGGGAGAAGAGCUGCAGGCCUUCAUCAGCUCCACAGCGGAGCAGCUCUUCCCAUGGUAUACCAUCUCCCUCGCCGAGCUGGAGGCCUCCUUCCACCACGCGGGGGAGAACUGCGGUGUCGCCACCGUCUUGGGCGUCACAGUGGAACAUGUGAGUCUGGCCGCCUCGGAUCACACGAACACCGUCUUGGCCUUUGUGGAAGAAGAUCCGCAGACCGGCGACGCCCUGAUUUGGACCAUCUACCAUGGACUUUCAGCGCUGUAACGUGCGCAACGAACUCGUUGAACGCUGCUCACAGCGUUGGAUUACGCUGCGCACCGCGGUGUGACCGGCAUAGGCUGAGCGACCGGCAACUGGAUUGUUGAAGAGAAGGAGAGAAAGAUGCUGCUGUCUAUAGUAACAAGAAGCUACUAGUAACAAGUGCC